AUGUCUUCAGGUGGACAGCUCCUGAGCAGCAGAUGCUACCAACCCUGUGAGGUGACCUGCCCAGAGCCAUGUGCUAGCGCCUGGAAUGAGCCCUGUGUCACCUCCUGCGGGGACUCCCGCGCCGUGGUCUACCCACCGCCCGUGAUUGUCACCUUCCCCGGCCCCAUCAUCAGCUCCUGCCCGCAGCAGAGCCUGGUGGGCACCGUGCUCCCCAACGAUGGAAACUUCAGGGGGUUCCCCUAUGGAGGAAGCAGCUCAAUUGGUGGCUCCUAUGGUGGGGGCAGCUCUGGGGGAAUACGUGGCUCCUAUGGUGGGGGCAGCUCUGGGGGAAUAGGGGAGGCGGAUUCAGCUCUGGCUCAUACGGCGUGCGCCCCGAGGUGUGACACCGCCUGCGUCACGCAGUGCGCCCCAAGAUGUGACACCGCCUGCAUCCCGCAGUGCGCCCCGAGGUGUGACACCGCCUGCGUCACGCAGUGCGCCCCGAGGUGCGAGCCCGCCUGCGCCCCGAGGUGCGAGCCCGUGUGUGCCACCAAGUGCGUCCCGGAGCGCUCCUACACCUACUCCACCAAGUGGACCCAUCCUUGCAAGAGGAGCUCCUGCAGAAAGGUCUAG